AACCUCUCUGCUUCGCUUAAUUUGUGUGUUGCCUCUUGAAAAACCCAUCAUAAACCCCAUCUUUACCUUGUGCUGCUCUUCCUCGUUAUCAAACAGUCUAUUUCAAAACGAUUCAUUGAUAAUGACGGAGAUAGUAACGCCGGGAGAAGUACUCGGUAACGUGUCCGAGUUUAAAGCCGGGAAAGGAGCUUACGUUAACGACAACACCAUCUACGCUUCCCUCACAGGAUCUCGCAAGAUUGUUUCUCCUCUUCCCGAAUCUCUUGACCAGAGAGCUAUUGUGGAAGUUACGGGACACAAGGCACAUGGACUUAUUCCCCAGCCUGGUUCUAUUGUCUUGGUUAGGGUUACUAAAGUUAUGGCUCGUAUGGCUUCUGUUGAUAUCUUGUGUGUUGGUCCUAAGGCCGUUCGUGAAAAAUUUGCUGGCAUUAUCAGGCAACAAGAUGUUAGAGAAACAGAGAUUGACAAAGUUGAUAUGCAUCAGUCUUUCCGUCCUGGUGACAUUGUUAGAGCUAUGGUUCUGUCUCUUGGUGAUUCACGGGCUUACUAUCUGUCAACUGCUAAGAAUGAGCUUGGUGUGGUCUCAGCUGAGAGUGCUGCAGGUGAAACAAUGGUUCCGAUUAGUUGGACAGAGAUGCAAUGUCCUUUGUCUGGCCAAACCGAGCAGAGGAAAGUUGCCAAGGUGGGUUAAUUGAAUGACAAGAAGAAUCAUCUCCCUUCCAUCAUAGAUUGGUGUGCGAGUCUCUACAACAAGAGAAAAGAUAUGUUAGAUUAUUACAGUUUUUAGCUCUUUUUCUUUGACAUGCGUUAACUUAAGACUAUAUCGUCUAGUUAUCAAUUGAAGACAUUUUAGUGAAAGGAUUAAGAGAGAAUGGAUUUGAAUGUGAGCCCUUUUGUUUCCUUUACACUGCAUUGAUAAUGGCGAAGAAGAUUAUAAACAUCGGUGGAGCUAAAUUAGCCUAGAUUUCAGAAUCUUCAAAAUUUAACCAGUGUCUGUCACAAGUCCGA